GGGGCAGGCCAAGGAGGGCGGAUGAGCAGAUUAUAUAAGAGCCGUGGCUAUCUGGCUGUGCAGCUAGAAACAUAGUGAAAGCAGAUCUCCAUGCUGGAGGCAGCAGGGGCUGAGGCAGGGUCAGGAAAGGGGUGUUGCAAAUUGGAUCCUGCUUGGAACCUGCCCAACCGCACUGUUUACCUCCCCAGUGACUAAGAGCUGAAUAGAAAAGGUGGCAAUGAAGCUGCUAAUAGCAGUGAGCCUCAUGUCCGGCCUGCUGGGGAUGGUCCCUGGCCAUUUACCAAAGAAUGGAGAUAGGAUGUGUGUCUACCAGGUGAUCUCCCAAGGGGAUGCUUCAUUUUGCACGGGCAACCUCAAUGUGAUCUACCCAGAGAUAGGGGACAUUGGCUGCAUGUACGUCCCUGACUGUAACAACUUCAGACAGAAGAUGGGCAGUUGGGGCAAACCUGCCAUCAAAUACUCCCAGGCUCAUGAGAAUAAGAAGUACGUAUUGAUGAUGGUUGAUCCCGAUGCCCCCAGCAGGUAUCAUCCCAAAAAUCGCUACUGGAGACACUGGCUGAUAACUGAUAUCAGUAUGUGGAAACGGAGGCCACGUGGCAAGGAGUGGAGGCAAGACUGGAAUUCAGGACUCCUGACCUCCAGCCCAGUGUUGCACCUGUUGUGCCAUACUGCACUGCCCAGCCUCUCCACAUCUCUUGGUGUUCACUGCUUCCCUACAGGCUCUUCAGCUUGGGCUUGGAGCCCACUUUACAAGGAACUGAAAUACAUAUUUGGUAUCAUGUAGCAAGUCCUCCUACCUCCCUACAAAACCUGUCCUCAAUGGUUGCCUUAAAAAAAAUCCAUCAUUAGCAUUCAGUUCCUUAAUUUACUGAGUUUACUUUUUGUUUUUAAGCAAUCAGGGCUAAGUGACUUAAGUGUUGGAGGAUGGAUUUGUACAGGUUCUCCUGACUCCAGGGCCUGUCCUACUUUGCCACCUUUUUGCUCCCCGACUAUACUUUUUUGUAAAUGCAAAUACAAGUAUAUCUCAGAGAUAUUGCAGACCAUUACAAUGAAGUAAAUAUCAAAAUGAAGCUAGUCACAUGAAUUUUUUGGCUUCCUGGGGCAUAUCAAAGUUAUGUUUAUAUUAUACUGUAGUCUAUUAAGUGUGCAAUAGUAUUAUGUCUAAAAAACAUUGUGCGUAGCUUAAUUAAAAAAUAUUUUAUUGCUGGAAAAUGCUAACCAUCAUCUGAGUCUUCAGCAGAUCAUCUUUUUGCUGUUGGAGGGUCUUGCCUCCAUGCUGAUGGCUGCUGCCUGAUCAGGGCAGAGGUUACUGAAGGUUGGGGUGGCUGUGGCAAUUUCUUAAAAUAAAAUAACAAUGAAGUUUGCCAAA